CAUCGUAAGUCAAGAAUUCUAUCUCAAGGAGUGACACAUUACAUGGACCCCCAUAAACGUUUCCAUUGUGCACGUCCAGAGCAGGUCUAACAUCGUCAGUGGAAUAAACCCAAAGGCACUGGAAAGGUUUGGAUGGUGAGGAUGGACCGAGCCCCAAGCUCCAGCCCAAGUGGCACCAGUCAAACAUCACAACCUAUCCAGCAUGAACCCAUCAGCUUCGGCAUUGAUCAGAUUCUCAGCGGUACCGACCAAGAGUCACAACAGAACUCAACGAGGAAUAAUUCCGAGACCAGCAGUAGUUCGAGCGGAGGCAGUUACCAUCUCGGCAGUCCAACGGGAGAAAGCGCAACGCCUUACACGACACUAACCGGCACAUUUUACGGUCUCGCGGGUCAAUAUGAGGAGUCCAGUCCGUAUGGAGUGAACUUGACCCUUGCGGCCGGAGGAGUGAUUAGGGUCCCGGCUCACAGGCCCUUAGCCGCGGCCGUGCCCCCACCCAUGGCCAGCGCGGUACCCGGACUUGGGAGCCUCAGUUUUCCCUGGAUGGACAACAGCCAACACUUUGCAAAAGACAGAUUUGCAGCAGCCCUUACGCCUUUCACUGUGGCUCGGCGUAUUGGUCAUCCGUACCAGAACCGCACACCACCUAAGAGAAAGAAGCCCCGCACAUCCUUCUCUCGAGUGCAGAUCUGUGAGCUGGAGAAACGCUUCCACAGACAAAAAUACCUGGCCAGCGCUGAGCGAGCUGCCCUGGCCAAAACUCUAAAGAUGACAGAUGCCCAGGUCAAAACCUGGUUUCAGAACCGCAGAACCAAAUGGAGACGGCAAACAGCAGAGGAAAGGGAAGCAGAGCGUCAACAGGCCAAUCGGCUGAUGAUCCAACUCCAGCACGAUGCUUUCCAGAAGUCCUUGACCGACUCAGUACCAACUGACCCACUCUGCAUCCACAACUCCUCACUGUUCGCCCUGCAGAAUCUACAGCCUUGGGCCAGUGACGAGAGUGGAAAGCUUGGGGGAGUGACAGCACUUGUAUGAGUAUCAGAAUUCAAGAAGAAACAUUCUUGUUCUUUUUUGAAGGGCAAAUAUGUUCAUUGACUUUAUCUCUGUCAAGCUGAGAGACUUUAUCAUUCCACAGAAAAGUGAUGAACUAAUUUUGGCCAUCCAAUAAGCUCGUAUAUAUAAAAGGUAUCUGCAUUUUUGGAGUCUCUGCAGAAUAAAUGAUGGCCGUAUGUGUGUGCAUAGAGGCUUUUCCCCAUCUGGAUCAGUUUCAAAGACACAGUGACCUAUAGAAAGGAACAGUCCAUCUCAGCUGACCCUUAAGCUCUCUACUAGCAUACUGACUUGUUCUCCAUCAUCCUUCCAUUUGCCCUUCUGCACCUCUGUCUUGUUGCUCCACCACUCAGAGCCAUAGAAUACAAGAUUAAUGCAGAAGAGGAAAGUAACAAGCAAUUAAUUAUUUAUAAUGCACAAAUAGGCACACUCAUCAUCUGCCAUGUCAUAUGUCCCUCUCAUGCAGGCAACUCUUUUAUUGUCAACUUGGAUAGUACAAUAAUUCUUUAUCAAUAAUUUAUAAACUCUCAACAUUCUUUUUGAGGUCCAAGGGCUAACCUGCUACCACAACCCCCCCCCCCCCCCCCCCCAUUGCAUGAAAUGUCCAGCUCAUACAGGGUGGAAGCAAUUUACUUUAUCUAUUAGAUUUAUUCAGCAGUAACUCAAAAACACAGAUCAGAGGAGACACUCUGACAUGCUUUGAUUGUUGAGUGUUAUGUGUUUAAGGGAAAGAGAACAACUGAAAUGAAAGAUUUACAUUGAAGUCGUUCAGAUGCCCCAGUGAUGUUGGUGCCUGUUGCAUCCCAAACUGUGUAUCAUACUUUGUAUUUGAUAAAUAUGUAAAUAGCAGACAAAAAGUAAUAAACAUUCUGU